AUGUUGUUGGAGUUUGGAUACUGAAAGAGACUCCAAAAUCUCAAAGCCAAAAAGCCAAAUCUUUUAUUGCUUUCAAUUCACUUAUACUUUCUUUGAUUCUACUUUCCUUUUCUGUUUAAUUUUUCUCAUACAUAUCCUCCCUCCCAUUUAAGCCAAAACCCAUCACUAGAGAGAAGAAGACAGUAGAAGGAUCCCAUUUUUCUAAUUGAAAAAUGGGUAUACCUUCAGAUGAUGUUGUUCUUAUCAGUCAAUCUGAAAACCAAGAAAAUUUACACAUAAUUACAGUAAACUGUCCAGACAAAACUGGUUUGGGUUGUGAUCUUUGUCGAAUAAUACUUUUGUUUCAGUUGAGCAUUGUCAAAGGAGAUGUUUCAACAGAUGGGAAAUGGUGUUAUUUAGUGUUCUGGGUUGUUGGGAAAUCAACAACUAGAUGGAGUUCAUUGAAGAACAGAUUGGUAAAUGCAUGUCCAACUUGUUCAUCAGCUUCUGAGAUUUACUAUUACAAGGCUGAAUCCUUUAAAAAACCUAAACCUUCUGAGGUUUUUCUAUUGAAGUUGUGUUGUAAUAAUAGAAGUGGUCUUUUGCAUGAUGUGACAAAGGUUCUAUGUGAGCUUGAGCUUGUUAUAAAGAGAGUGAAGAUAUCUACGACUCCAGAUGGGAGCGUCAUGGAUUUGUUCUUUAUAACAGACACAAGGGAACUUCUGCACACAAAGAGCAGACAAGAGGAAGCACACAGCCAUCUCAAAACUGUUUUAGGGGAUGUAAUGAUAAGCUGUGAUAUAGAAUUAGUUGUCAAGGAGAUGGCAACUUCUUCGCAAGGGAACACUUUUCUUCCGCCUGAUCUUGCAGAAGAGAUGUUUAGCUUAGAGAUGCCAAAAGAACCCACAAGUGGGCACUCCGAUCAGAAAACCGUAUCUGUCAUUAUGGAUAACCAUCUCAGCCCAGCUCAUACUCUCAUCCAAAUUCAGUGUGAGGACCACAAAGGGCUGCUCUAUGACAUCAUGAGAACUCUGAAGGAUUAUAACAUUCAGAUUUCUUAUGGACGAUUUAAUACGAAACAAGGAAGGAAGUGUGAGGUUGAUUUGUUUAUAGUACAAGCAGAUGGUAAGAAGGUUGUAGACCCAAACAAGCAGACUUCAUUAUGCUCACGCCUGCGCAUGGAACUGACCCAUCCACUCAGAGUGACAAUGGUCAGCCAGGGUCCCGACACAGAACUUUUAGUUGCUAAUCCUGUGGAGUUAUCUGGCAAAGGACGUCCUCUUGUUUUCUAUGACAUUACCUUCGCCCUCAAGAAGCUUGGCACUUGCAUUUUCUCGGCUAAGAUUGGGAGACAUAUAAUUAAAGAUCGAGAAUGGGAAGUUUACAAAAUCCGUCUUGACGAAGGGAAUGGUUUCUCACUAUCGACCAAAAAGAUUGAACGUGAAGUGAGGAACAUGUUGAUGGGCUGGGAGGCGUAACUACUAUACUACACUACUCAAAGAAUGCUUCCACGCGAACAUUAAGUGGUAAGAAACCCUUCUCAGACAAAGCUCGCACUGUACAGUUUCUUUAAGGAAUUUCUUGUCAUUUCUUAAAACUAAAAUGUAAAUUAUGAAAGUGCAUGUAAAUAGCUUAAAAUAACAGGGUGAGUUAUCGUUACUGCAAUGCACGAAACACCUCACCGUGUCUUGAGUUUGUUGUUGCUACUACAUACGUGAGCGAAAAUGGUAACUGAAAGGUGAAGUAGUUACGGAGAGAAAGAUGAGUUGAGCUUUCUGCUUUCUGUUGGGGGUGGUGUGGAUCAUGCAUUCUAUUUUUGUAUAUACUACUAAAUAGGCUUUGUGUUUUCUUCAUUUUCUUCUUUGUUAAUAUUUCCAAAAUAAAAAAGAAGUUGAUAUUUGAACAACGUUCAUUUGA